AUGCCAUUCUACAUCUACUUCUACUAUUUACAAGAACAACAAAGACCUAUCUAUUACAAGGAGCUUGGCACAAGGUCUUCAUUGUAUGUAGGUGUUAAAGGAUCUGAUGUUUUAAAAUGGAGAUCAUUCUAUGCAAAUGAGUGCAAUCUUUGGAAGGCACAUUAUCAAGAAAUAUUUGAUCAUGGCAUUCGCGAAGCUUUGUGUUGUCUAGGACAUGUGGAGUACAUAUCUUCUCAAGAGGAAGACGAUAUCUAUUCAGUAGCUCAAUUACUUGGUGAUCUUGUGACGUACCGUGCAAUAGGCGCUGGGCAUUUACAUUUCUUAGCAGGCUUUGCACUAUUACAAAGUUGCAAACACUUUCUGCACCAUAUGAUGAGUCAUUGGAGAUACCUCGAGGACGAAUCCAAGACACUGUUGUAUUUCAUCAAUUUGCUGAAGCUGCAUAUACGAACGGCAGCAACUUGCUUCUUCAGUCAGAUUUUGACACAUAUCCCAACAACAGCAACAUCAGGAAUGUCCAUUCCUUCCUUGGUUUUUCAACUUGCUUCCAGCUGCUCUUUGUUUCAAGAGGCCGAUAAUGAAGGAGACAAUUGGUGGCGAGGGCAUGCUGCAGCUUUUUUAAGGCAUGUCAAGUUAACACCAGAUGCGCUCAAAAAAGGAUGUAUAAAUCAAGGUAGUUGUAAAGCAUCAUACUUCAUCGUGGUUGUGCAUCAUCUAAAAUCUAUUGUGAUUGCUGUUAGAGGAACUGAGACUCCAGAAGAUUUGAUCACGGAUGGUUUGGGUAGGGAACGCAACCUUAACAUUGAACACUUGGACUAUCUAAUUAAUGGUAAUAACAUGCUAAUUGGAAAAUCUCGGAAGUUUGUUUCCUCACAAACACAUUAUGGCCAUUCUGGUGUAGUUGAGGCUUCUCAAGAUCUUUAUAUGCAAAUUGAAGGGAAUUCCAAGCAUGGUGGUUUUCUCUCUUCUUUGCUUGGAGUUGGUUGUGAAUGUGAAGUUUAUAACCUUCAAAUUGUUGGGCAUUCUCUAGGAGGAGCUAUUGCUGCAGUGUUAGGUUUUCGGAUGAGACCACUCUAUUUGUAUCAUGCAUAUCCAAAUUUGCAUGUAUAUGCAUAUGGCCCUCUUCCUUGUCUCGACCUUAAUGCAGCAAACUUGUGUUCCAAAUUUGUUACCAGUGUAGUCUUUAACAAUGAAUUCUCGUCUCGCCUUUCGGUGGCUUCAGUCAUGAGACUCCAAGCAUCUGCAGUAGAUGCACUUUCUCAAGAAAGGUUAGCCGGGUCAACAAUAGUAUCAAAACUCAUGCACAACUAUUUGUUCUAUAGAGAUUUUACAGAAAAAACAGAAACGAAAGAGCGAAAAUUGGUCUCAGAUGGAUGUGAAGAAGGAGAUGUUCAGUCUUGCUUGCAAGAAAGAGAGAAACUAGAUGAAUCAGAUUACAACAAUAGUUUUUCUAAAUCAACUUUUUUUUAUGAUAAUACCUCAAGUACAUGUUCUGAAGAUCAUUAUGAUCCCAUGUUCAAGUUUGUGGAUGUCGUUCCUACACAUCAAAAGAGAUUAAGUAAUAUCCCGGAAAUGUUUAUUCCUGGAACAAUCAUCCAUGUAGUGCCCAAGGAUACAAGUGGCCAGAAUCCUUUUCGGAGACGUUCGAGUACCUGGGACCAUGAUUUCAGUUACAAGGCCUACAUUGCAAACAGAGAAAAUUUUAAGGAUAUAAUAGUAGCACCUUCUAUGUUUUUGGAUCAUCUACCUUGGAGAAGGACGGAAUCCUCGACGCCUGAAAUUGUAAAGCAGAAGGAGGAAUCGUCGACACCGGAAAGCAAUCUUCUCUCCAUUUUUUUCUCCGGAAAUCAGUUACCACUUCAAGUAGAUCCACUGGCUAUGGCUAAUCACACUCGAACAGUCUCUUUUGCGAAAAUGGUGAUAUAG